AUGGAUGUCUCUACGGGAAAUGGAGGAAACAAUACUUUUUUGAUGGAUGAAACACCAGAAGAGAAGAAGUCAGUGCGACAUUCUGCCUCCACUAUCAUUCAUGACAAGCUGUCAGAAGGGUCGGUUGAACAACUGGAUGAAUGGAAUGUCGCGACGGCUUUGAUGUCCAUUGAUGAAAACCAUCCAGCACAUCCUCAUCAUUGGCCUGCAUGGAAGAAAUGGUUUGCUGCCAUAAUUUAUACACUCUUAGAAGUGUAUAUUAUUUGGUCAUCUACGGCAGUUAUAAAUUUUACGAGUUUCUUCCAAAAUGAAUGGCAUUGUAGUUCGCAGGCUUCCAAUCUUGUUCAAAGUCUUUUUAUUCUCGGAAAUGCAUGCGGACCAAUGGUUUUAGGUCCUAUGUCAGAUAUCCUUGGUCGGAAAUGGGUAUAUGUGAUUUCCUUGUUGUUCUAUAUAAUUUUUCAAAUUCCCCAAGCCUUGGCCUAUAAUCUCCCCAUGAUGGUCAUUAACAGUGCGAUUGCUGGAAUCUGUGGUAGUGCUGCAGUGGCAAAUGUAGCUAGUAGCAUGUGCGAUGUUUUCACAAAAGAAACCGUUGGUCUGGGUAUGGCAUUGUUUGUCUGGGGUGCAAAUGCCGGUGCUUCUAUUGGAUCACCAAUCGGUGAAGCAUUCGCUGAAAAAAAUUGGAGAUGGUUUUACUGGAUGAACAUGAUCGUCGGUGGUGUCUUGGUCAUCCUUUGUAUUUUUAUACCUGAAACUUUACCUGCAAGCAAUAUUUCUACCCUCGAAAAGGCAAAAUCAGCUGUAGCGCGUGCCAAGUUUGCAUUUACUAUGGCCGCUCGAAUUUUCAUUACAGAACCAAUUAUCUUAGCUUUAGGAUUGUAUAAUGGAUUUGCAUACGGUAUUAACUUUUUAUAUCUGGAUGGUCUAUUCCCUGUCUUCAAAAAUAACUAUAACAUGUCUUAUAUGCAUGCAAACGAAACCUUCCUCAACUUUUUAGUUGGUGUAACGAUUGUUGUUAUGAUGCAGCCCAUUCAAGAUUGGCUUUAUCGACGUGAUAAAAAAAGAAACGGCGGUGUUGAUCGUCCAGAAGCUCGAUUUUUGAUUUCUUUAGUUACUGUUUGGUUUUUCCCCCUUGGACUUUUUUGGUUUGCUUUUACUUCCAGCGGAAACAUUUCUUGGGUUUCUCCUUUAAUUGCUGGUGGAGUUAUUGCUGUCGGCGAUCCCCAGCUUUGGUUAGCUAUGUUAAACUAUGUUACAGAUUCAUAUCCUUCUGUGGCCGGAUCCGCUGUUGCUGCGUUUACCCUCCCUAGUUUUACCUUAGCUGCUGUCCUUGUUCACCUCGGUGCUAUAAUGUUUGAAAACAUGACCACAACAUGGGCAAUGGCUACCUUGGGUUUUAUCAGCCUUUCGCUUGUCUUGUUGAUUUAUAUCAUUUACUUUUUUGGUCAUAUCCUUCGCAAGCAUAGUCGUCUCGCUAUCACGCAAGAAGCUUUGGCAGAGAAAAAUGCAAAUCAUGUUGAAGUUUAA